AUGGGCUCUGAGACUGCAACCGUUGCAGCCCACAAGCUUGAUGAUGUCAUGAAGCGACGAAGGGAGGUCUGCGCAGAGUUCGAGUCCCACCCUGCUGCCACAACAGCCGAUGCAACGUGUGAAAUCAAGAACGGAUACAGCUGGAAUCCCGACACUUCCGACCUGACCCAGAAGAGCGCAGAGUUCGAGUCCCACCCUGCUGCCACAACAGCCGAUGCAACGUGUGCCAUCAAGAACGGAUACAGCUGGAAUCCCGACACUUCCGACCUGACCCAGAAGAGGCACCCGACCUCCGACACGCAGUUGCAAUCGCUGCUUUCCGAAAGGCGUGGGAGAUGCCAUGUUCUAGAAAGCAGCCCAGCCCCGGUAAUUGCAGACGCUCUGUGGAAUCGGGCGCCAGCGCCUCUACAGGCAUACCAACAUUGCAGGACAACUACCACGGAGCAUGCAACAGGACUGCGAUCGGAAGAACAUCAGCAGAGCCUUGACGCGACGCCAUCUAUGCCUUCUCGAAAUUAUGGCAUGGAAAGGCCUUUAGAACUCAAGUGGUCCAGCUGGUUAGAUGUGCUACAGGUGGCUGGAUCUUCGCACGGCCCUGAUCAAUCUGAGAAGGCAUCAGCUGCGACGGCGCGCUUGCUGCAGCUCAUGUCCUGGCAUGAUGACACCCUCACCACCAGCCUACGCAGGAUCCUUGCUGAAGCCUUUGUGAGCAAGCAUCUUUCCUUCCUCAGUUUCGAACAAGACCAUUUGGAUGCAGUCAUUGUCAUACUUCUGCGCUACCACAGCCCAGCAAUGCUGCCCAGACUUGUAGGACCAGUUCCUUCGACAGAGGCGGAAGGGGGUGAGAGUACCAUGGGCUUGCUUGAUCAAGUGGCUGCCAGCCCGGUGCUCGAUUUACUUCUGGGCAGGGCGUGUGCGUCGGGGUUAGAUUGCGAAGACGCUUCUGCUGCACUGGCGCUGCUGCACAUCUGCGAUGAGACGGUGCGAAGUGGAAGCGAGAUAAUUCUUGUGUUCGUCAUCCUCGCAGUCUUGGCUAGUCCUGACUUGUCUUUCUCGGACAGCAAGUCUGAGUCUGCGGUACAGCUCUGGAGUUCCGCAGAAAGCUUCUUGGCUUCGACUCCCCGCUCGAUGCUUGGAAUUCUGGCGGCUGGGGCGCGGGACCAGGCCCUCCGUCUGCCCGUGGGUUCUGUUGCGGCCGAUGAGGUUCUCCAUCAUGUCUAUGAGCGUCCCGACAGCCAGUGGCGACUUGUUGUUGUAGACAUCCGAGACUCAAGUUUGGCCAGUCUCCCGGUCUGUUUGCGAUUGCCGGCAGCCUCGAAUUUUGAAGAGUUUGCAGCGAGCCUCCCAGCCGAGCACGCCCUUCACUGCUGCAUCAUUGCGGAUGAUCCGCUAGAGGCCUUGAAGCUGUGCCUCCACAUUUCAGGACCCAGUGGGGCCUGUCGACCCCACAUAUCCCUGGCUGAAGGUGGCUGGCGGGCGGUGGAAGAGCUAGCGCUAGCCCUAGGCCUCGAGCUUUUGCCAGGAGUCAGGGAAUGCACUGAGAUGGACGAGGCCGGCAAUGCUCACGGAAUUGCGGGUACAGUAGUUGAAGUUGCCGAACAUGUGGCAUCGCUGACAUCUGUGGCAGCAUCAGUAGCUUUUAGAGGUGCUUUCUGGGCCGCAGGUGUCCAUGCAACAAAGCAUGGGGAGGAAAUUUAUACCGAUGAAUUAAUGGAAGUGUGA